GUCGAUUUUGGCAAGCAUAUUCUCGAAACAUUUGGGCAAAGAAAAAUCAAAAUGCAGUUCUUCGUUUGCCUUUUGGCCGUUUCUAUUGCAACCGUUGCCAAUGCCCAAUAUCAGCCGUAUUACGACGAUCUCCUGUAUCCUUAUGCGGGUGCUCCGAUCCCUGGCAUCCAGCCUGUCAUCGACCAAGACCGUUUUCUUUUCCAAGUGACAUCUUGGUUUACAACGACCACCACAUCCACAACAACGACCACCACAACUUGCACGGUAUCGAACGCCGCAAACGCCGCUGCCUGCGUUGCUGGUCGUCGCCGCAGAGGCUUCCUUGACGACGAGGAGGACAUUGAACCUUCUCCAGUAAACAAGGUGGAGCCAACCCAGCUCCCUGACAUGCAAGCAUCAAUGAUUAGAAAGGAACGCAAACCCGAUCCGCAAAUUGCAUAUUGGCGUGCUUCUGCUGAUUACACGCCAUACGAAGUUCAGUCCACAUUCGGCCAACGUCCAUUCCCCGUUGCCUACAAUCCGUUCUUCCGCCGGCCUGUUGUUGCAGCUGAUCCACGACUAUUCGUGCAACUGCAAGUGACGAGGACAUCGACAACUACCGUGACUACCACUUCCAGAUCGACGCCUGUCUGUUCGUCGCCUAGCAACUUCAAUCAGUGUUGAAAACCUUUACAUUUGCCUAUAUUUAACAUUAUUUUGAUGAUGAGUUUGAAGAAUUCGAAACAAAAUAUUGUUUCUAUUUCCAUUAUUUAUUGGUGGCGAAAGUUAAGGCGAUAAAACAUUAGAAAAUUUCAUUAAUUAUUUCAGAAGGAAUGAAUUUUUUUACAUUUUCGUUUUGGCAGAUGGCAUGGAAAUAUACAAUUCUACAUUAAA